AUGGCUUCCACUACUGCACUACGCUGGGCGCCGGAGCACAGUGGUGUCCCUGAGGUCCCCUCAGGGACUAAAACCUCCAUGAGAAGCCCUCUCCCCGAGCGUCCCGCCCCGAGUGCGGAACGCAUCUCCUGGCCCGGCAAUUACCGGGCCGAGUACAAGGGAGAGGCGAUGCAUACUAUUCCGGAAGAGUGUGAGAGACUCUUCUGUGACACACUUUCCGCGACUUUCCUUGGUGAGGGGAUUGGCGCAGAACAGGAGUCACUGGGAAUGGGUGCGUUUCAGAACAUUCAGCCAGAGUUCGGACAUGACCGAGAUCGAAUCCAAAAGUGGGUGGAAGUUUGGGACUACGCCGGCGACGCCAUCUAUCGCGGCUUUGUGGCAGAUAUGAACGGCGAGCGAACGUUCUUCGUAUUCUUUGAGGACGGCGCUAUGGGCCACGGCCUUAAGUCUGGGUUAAUUGCCCUCUUCGAACUCGCAGGAGUAGAAGCAUUCGACUGCUCACAGAUCGUCGCCUGCGUAAAACGUACACAACACACAAACGAAAUGGAACUCGUCCGCAGCCUAGGAUGGUGUGGAUUCAACCUGACAACCCUCGAGCCGUGGUCUACGGCCGGCGCCUCGGGUCCAUUCCUUAGCCCGAAGUGGCUUUUCCUAGCGGCAGAAGUAUAG